CAUUUAUAGUAACAACAAUUUUUAUCUUUCAGGUAUAAAUACAAUUUUCCUAUAAAGAUUUUUGUGGGUAGUUUACUGUCAAUUGCAAUAUAUUCUUUCUUACUCACAGCCAAAAAUUUAACGGUGGAAACAACUUCAAGAAUUUUUUCCUUCUUUAUAUAUCCCGGUGGAAUAUUUAUAAUUAUUCUAUUCGUAACUCUUUUUUUUAAUGGGAUGGGAUGCUUCGGAAUACUUAGAGAACAUAGAUCAUGCUUUAAAAUGUUUUACAAGUGGUUAAUAUUUUUAUUAUCAGUAUUAGCAUUGCUAACAGUUUACAUCUGUUUGUACGUUUCUAUUCCCCAAAUUAGAAAUGCCGUUAAUAAUCAACAUAUAGGAGAAAAAAUGUCAUUUUUGAUUAAAAAAUACCAAAAUGAUGAAAAUUUAAAGAAUAUUAUUGAUUCGAUCCAACAAGAGUUUAAAUGCUGUGGAUUUGACAGUCCCGAAGAUUGGGAUCAAAACAUCUAUUUUAAUCAGUCAUCUAAUAAUUUAGCUAAAGAGCGCGGUGGAGUUCCUUUUUCUUGCUGCACUAACAAUAAGUCAAAUCUUAAUUGCGGAAAUGGAGUUCGGAUUCAUGCUCAGAUAACAAAUUAUUAUCAUCAAGGAUGUCUAACUACUUUUAAAAAACUAACGAUCAAAUAUAAAAGCUAUAUUUUAGGUUUUCUUGGAGCAUAUAUUGCAAUUCUGGUUGUAUAUUUAAAAAUAUUAUAGUUCUGUUUUUUAUUUAUUGUAAGAAAUGCAUUUGGAAAU